GCAUUUGACGUACAUAACAUAACCAAAAAAAGUUACACAGCAAAAUAUUUAUUGCUAUUUUUGAAGUGAUAUAAAAUGUUAUUUAAUUAUGAUAAAUUUGAUGAAUCGAUGUAUUUGAAAUGGGAUAUCGUGCAAAUGAGAAAGAUAUAAUGAUAGCUCACCUAGAAAAUUCCGUGGCACCUCUUCUAUAUAUAGGAUUUAUUUUUAGGUUGGAGCUAGCCAUAGUUCGUAUCAAGAAUCUGUUUCAACGUUGAAUUUCUAGGAGAAAUAAAAAUGGCAAAUGACUUAAUUCUUCGGGGCAAAGACAAACUCCAAGAAAUUAGUAUGAAAUUAGAACAAAGUCAUCUGGCUUAUCUACAAACGGAUGAUAGUCCUUUAAAACUAGAUCAACGCCGUAAGCUAGAAGGAAUUAUCAAGGAGUAUCUCUACCUUGUUCCUAAUGAAAGUAAAUAUAUGUUUCAUGAAACAGCAGAUAUUUUACGUAGAUCUGCUGCUACAUUACAAGAUUUUAGCGGUUAUAGAGCUGCUACUGCUUGGAGUGCUAUUUCUUUAUAUGCUGCAAAUCUUGUUGCACAACCUUGGAGAAAAGAAUAUAGGAUAUUAAGGAUUUACAGUGGAUUUUACAAAUACGAAGUACAAGCUAAUUUAAUAGGAGCAGAAUUGAUGUUCGAACAAAUGGGAUAUAAACAUGCAGGCAGGGAAGUGCUCGUUUUAGAAGGUCCAAUAGAUCCAGACAAAGUGACUAAUGUUAGUAGGGAUGCAAUAGUGGCUUUUGUAGAAUGUCAGAUUUUAAAACAGAUAUGGGAAAGUGUCUCAAAGAAUUAUACAAUUUCUUGGCUAGAGGUUUUGGAAUUCCGUGAGAAUCAUGUUGGAAAUCCUGAACGAGCUAUCAGAGCUUUGAGUCAACGUUUUCUGGAAAAAUUACACCAAAGUCGUGUAAAAGUUGAUAUGUAUAGAAAUUAUCAUUAUCCACAACUUGCAACCAUGAAUACAAUACCACCACCUAUUAAUUAUCAUAUGCCAUCUAAUAAUUACAGUAUACCAUCAUGUCCUUCAGAUUAUAGAUGUAUUAAUGAUGCAAAUGUGAUAUCUAAAAAUUACCAUUAUUUUAAUUUAAUGGAUCAUGGCAUACUAAAUCGUUAUGGUACAUAUGGAUGUAUGCCACCUGGAAAUAAAUGUGGUAAUAUUUAUAAUAAUCCUUAUUAUCCUACAGUACCAGCAUAUACAACAAGAGUACCUGCAGACAGACUAGUAGAGCUUAAUAUGCCACUUCCGGUCGAGAAUUACGAUAAAACAUGUAAAAAAUCAUCACAAAGAACUUUCGACAUGGACGAAGUGGAUUUUCAUAAAAGGCAGCCUAUUGAUUCAGAUUAUGAUUAUGCUAAAGUUGAUAAAAAAUAUAUAAAACCAUAUUCGAAUAUAGAAAAGAAUACACAUGAAAGUUGGGACUUUGUUUAUAAAAAUUUAGAAAGUCAGGGAUAUUCAAAAGAUCUUGGUGAUAGAGAAGAUAUUUUAAACAAAACAGAGCCAGAUUUAGGAUUUCUCAAGCAGAAACCAUUAAGAUCUUCUGAAAACGAGAAAGAGUAUUAUAUUUAUCGAUUGGAGAAAGAAAAAAAUGGAAGAGAUGUAAAAGAUACUAAUAAUCAUAUCACAAAUGGAAAAAAACACCAUGAUACAUUAUCAAUUAAAAAGAAAUCCUCUUCUUUUGAUUUAUCAGAUUCAAAUAGAUAUCAUAAUAAUGCUACAAUAGAAAAUCAGUCAUAUUUACAUGGUACAAUGAAAAAACAUGAUAGUCGGAUUUUACCAAUGCAACGAUCGCAUCAUUCAUCUGAACAAAUUUCAAGGAUUACCAAUUCAAUUAAUAAUUUGGAAUUGUCAGAAUCCAAAAAAGAAGGUAAUAAUGAAGAUAAAAAUAAAUGGAAUUGUGCUACUUGCACCUACUUAAAUUCACCCAAGAGAGAAAUUUGUGAAAUGUGUAUGAAAUCUAAAUUUAAAGGAAAUGAAGAUAAACCACUAGCAAGUGGUGGUAAAGAAUGUCCAAAGUGUACAUUAGUAAAUGAGAAAAAUGUUUCUGUUUGUGAAGCAUGUGGUGAAAGUUUGAAAGAUUCUCCAACUUAUAUAUAAAAGUAUUCUCUCUUUAUAAAAAGGUAAUAUUUUAUUUCUGAAUAUGAUUUACUUAUGAGGAAAAGUAUAUAAUUUAUCCUUGCAAAAAAAAGAUAAAAUUAUUUACAAAUUAAGACAAACAUGUGUUAAUAUUAUCUACAUAUAGACUCCAGUUAUAAUGUAAAAACCUUUAGAAAAUAUUGUUAUGUAAUAUACUACUUAAAUAUUUAAGUUUGAAAUAAGAAAAAUAUGAAGUUAUUUACUUUAAUUUUUAAUGUGCAAAUAGGCUUGUGAUAUCAAUAUAUUAGUAUUAUUAUACUGAUGUGGUGGCCUAUAAAAUAUCUCUAAUAUGAUUAAUACAAAUUUAAAAUAUAGAUGGACUAUGAUAUUAUACACACGAUUAUACAGAAGUUAAUUUCAUAUUAAACUUUUAAAGAGAUUUAUCAUAUUACUCUGCUUUAUUUACUUAAUAAAGAGUAGUAUAUAUAGGGAUUUAAAAAUAUAAAUAUUAAAUAGUAACUUUCUUAUGUGCUUACAAUGAUUAAUUUUUCAGGCUUUUAUUAGUGAAUAUAUAACUUUGUAGUAUUAUUAAUAAUUAUGGAAUGUAGGUACUUUUCACACAUGCCAUAUAUUAUCGUGUAACUUAUAAAAUAAUUUAUUGCACAAUAAUUGGAGUAAAGCUCCUUGUUAUGUAAUGAUGAAGACUAUUGAAGAUGAGUUGCCUUGAUUGUACAAGAAUCUAAAAAUGUAACCACUGUUAUCUUAAAGAAUGCCAAAUAGAUGCAAUAUCUGUUUAUUUUAUUAAUAUGCCAUUACGAUUAAAGACAUGACUGGGAAACUUAUUAAAAAAUAGUUUAUAUACUGUUGGAAAUGAUCUAAAUCAAUUUUUUAUAUGAAAAAAAACAACUUGGUAUUAAAAUUCAAUAAGAUAUUAUUUAUUAAAAUUAUUGUCUCUAAGAUAAAAAUAUAAUAGAUGUUAAAUGAAAUUGUGUAAUAAUAGGAACUAUUUAACAAAUCUUCAAAAACAAAGUUAUCAUAUUAUGAUUAUAAAAUUAUUAGACUCUUCAAAUGUCAUUUAUUAUUUAUUUAAUUUACAUAUAAGUUGGGUAUACUUUCAACAAUUCUAAAUUUUUAUUAUAUUGAGUGGUUAAAUAAGGCCUAGUACAGCAAAUAUUACAUUUUUCUUGACAAAAUUUUUAAAAAUAACUUUUUAAAUAUAUACUUUGUAGCACAAUAAGAUUAACAUAAAAAGAAAUAUGAAUGAGAAGUCAUAAAAUAUUAGAGAUCUACAUAUAUUUGCUUAUAUAUAAUUUUCUUUAAUAAUUUAUUUUUCUUUGGUAUAACAUUUUGUUUAAUGUUGCAAUUAUAUUUCAUAUAUAAAUUGUUUAAUUUAUUCAAUAUUGUCAUAAUAUAAUAAAGUAAAAAUCAAAUUUUUUUUUUUAGCACUUUGUUGCUUUACUUUCAAAUACUUGCUUAAGAGAUUUAAAGUUUAAAUAACGAAUAAUAAAAUAACAUAUAUUACAUUAUAAUGCAUAUUCAAACAUUCCUCAUUUACCUGAUUUAUUUGAGCUUAAUUUUAUUUAUUUAUGCAUAUUUAUGUUGAUAUAUUAAAAAUUAUAAUAUUUGUUGUUUUCUUUUAAGACAAUCACAUGUGACUUUUUAGGAUUUGAAAAUAUCGAUGUUUCUGUCAUUAUAUCUUUACGAAAUUUAUUUGUAAACUAUGACUAAACUGAGUAAAUAAAUAUAAAAUUUUGUUAAUUUCUUUACUUAAAUUUAUGAAGAUAUCACUUAAAAUUGAAUGUUCUUUUUUUAGAGAAAUAAGACUUCGUAUUUAAGAAAAUGUGUUCUACUUUUUUUUUUAAUUUGCAAAAUUUAGGUGCUUAAUAAGUUAUACCAAAUUUCUAAAGUUGGUUAGAUUUAGUAAUUGACAAGUAGCAUAUACAUAUACAUAUACAUAUACAAAUACAUAACAGGUUUGAUAUAAAUUUAGAAAAAAAUUAUUUUAUCAAUAUAAUUAACACAUGUAUUGAGAAAAAUACUGAUUAAACUUUUAAAAUUUAAAUUGAACUUUGGUAAAAUAUUAUACAUACAAUAUUUUUGUUUUUAUAAAGCUGCUCCUUUCUAUAUUUUAGAAAUUAGAAAAAUAUUAAUGUAUAUUUAAUAUAUCAAUUGACUAUUCUAAUAUCUCAGAGAACUGAUAAUAUUUUUUCAUUAAUAAUGUAUUUAAGUAGUGAGAUAAGUGCAACACAAUAGAAAAUAAUAUAAACUGUAUAAUAAAUGUAAAGAUGAUCGCAUUAGAAUAAUUAUGCUUACAUAACAUGCAAUUAAUUUUUUAAUAAUGUUAUCCACAUUGUAAACAGAUAAUAAAUUACGUUUUGUAUACAUUGGAA